AUGUCUUCAAGGCACCGAUUGGAUUUGGACGGCAGCGGACGAGGAGAUAGGAGAAGGUCUCGUUCCCCUAAAAGACGCUCAAGGUCUCGUUCGCCAAUCCGGCACUCUUCUCCAGACCGACAACGACAAACAGGCGCAAUUGGAAAUAUGAAGGUUCAAAUCAAUCCUUACAACAGUCAGCCAUACAGCAAUCGGUAUUGGACAAUUUGGGAGAAACGAAGCCAAUUGCCUGUUUGGGAGUACAAGGAGAAGUUUAUGGAGUUGCUUCGAAACAAUCAAUGCAUCACGUUGGUCGGAGAAACUGGGUCUGGAAAAACCACUCAAAUUCCACAAUGGGCCGUCGAGUUCAUGAAGCAACAGCAACUCGGUCAACCUGCUAGUCAAGCCAAGCUUGUAGCGUGCACACAACCGAGAAGAGUGGCAGCAAUGAGUGUCGCUACAAGAGUUGCUGAAGAAAUGGAUGUCGUUCUCGGCCAAGAAGUUGGUUACAGUAUUCGUUUUGAAGAUUGUAUCAGUGAACGGACCGUCCUCAAAUACUGUACUGAUGGUAUGCUUUUGAGAGAAGCCAUGAACAGUCCACUUCUUGAUAGAUACAAGGUUCUGAUUCUUGAUGAGGCUCACGAGAGGACACUGGCUACUGAUAUUCUUAUGGGACUGAUCAAGGAAAUUGUAAGGAACCGUGCCGAUAUCAAAGUCGUUAUUAUGUCUGCCACUUUGGACGCUGGAAAGUUCCAGAGAUAUUUUGAAGAUUGCCCGUUGCUCAGUGUUCCAGGAAGAACAUUCCCUGUGGAAAUUUUCUUUACUCCAAAUGCGGAGAAGGAUUACCUUGAAGCUGCCAUUCGUACUGUCAUUCAAAUCCAUAUGUGUGAGGAAACAGAAGGAGACAUUCUUCUUUUCUUAACAGGUCAAGAGGAAAUUGAAGAAGCUUGUAAACGGAUAGAUCGAGAAAUACAAAAUUUGGGAUCAGACAUCGGUGCUCUCAGUUGUAUUCCGCUUUAUUCUACUCUUCCUCCGGCCGCACAACAAAGAAUUUUCGAACCAGCUCCACCUAACCGUCCCAAUGGGGCUAUCAGUCGGAAAUGCGUUAUAUCUACCAAUAUCGCCGAAACAUCGUUGACUAUUGAUGGAGUUGUUUUUGUGAUCGAUCCAGGAUUCUCCAAACAGAAAGUAUACAAUCCAAGAAUUCGUGUCGAAUCUCUUCUCGUCUGUCCGAUUUCGAAAGCAUCUGCUAUGCAAAGAGCUGGACGUGCUGGGAGAACUAAACCCGGAAAGUGCUUCCGACUGUACACCGAAACUGCCUAUGGAUCAGAAAUGCAAGACCAGACCUAUCCAGAAAUCUUGAGGUCAAAUCUCGGCUCUGUGGUUCUUCAAUUAAAAAAACUUGGAACUGAAGAUCUCGUUCAUUUCGAUUUCAUGGAUCCACCAGCACCAGAAACUUUGAUGAGAGCUCUGGAGCUUCUCAACUACUUGCAAGCAAUCAACGACGAUGGUGAGCUCACAGAGCUUGGGAGCUUGAUGGCUGAAUUCCCACUCGAUCCACAACUUGCAAAAAUGCUGAUUACUUCAACCGAACUCAACUGCUCGAAUGAAAUUCUAUCGAUUACUGCUAUGUUGUCUGUACCACAAUGCUUUGUUCGUCCUAAUGAAAUGAAGAAAGAAGCAGAUGAGGCGAAAGCUCGAUUUGCUCAUAUCGACGGAGAUCACCUCACACUUCUGAAUGUUUAUCAUGCUUUUAAACAAAACGCAGAAGAUCCGCAAUGGUGUUACCAGAACUUCAUCAAUUACCGAACAAUGAAAACUGCUGACACUGUUCGUACUCAAUUAUCUCGAGUUAUGGAUAAAUUCAAUUUACGCCGUGUCUCAACGGACUUCAAGUCACGUGACUACUAUCUCAAUAUUCGGAAGGCUUUAGUCGCUGGAUUCUUCAUGCAAGUUGCACAUCUUGAGCGGAGUGGGCAUUACGUCACUGUGAAGGAUAACCAACUCGUCAAUCUCCAUCCAUCAACAGUUUUGGAUCACAAGCCUGAAUGGGCACUUUACAAUGAGUUUGUGCUGACAACAAAGAACUUCAUCAGAACCGUAACUGACGUGCGCCCUGAUUGGCUUCUACAAAUCGCCCCUCAAUAUUAUGAUCUCGCCAAUUUCCCCGAAGGAGACACCAAACGAAAACUAAUGACUGUGAUGCAGACCUUGCAAAAGAAUUCAGGAAGAGGAUAUUGA